GGCCUUUUAUUGGAUGGCACUGUGAUUGCUGUGAAGCAGCUUUCUUCCAAAUCAAAUCAAGGAAAUCGCGAGUUUGUGAAUGAGAUAGGCAUGAUUUCUGCCUUACAACACCCUAAUUUGGUAAAGCUCUAUGGAUGUUGUAUUGAAGGAAAUCAACUAUUGCUAGUAUAUGAGUACAUGGAAAAUAACAGCCUUGCUCGUGCUUUGUUUGGACCUGAAGAACACCGGUUAACACUAGACUGGCCAACUAGGAACAGGAUCUGUAUUGGCAUUGCAAAAGGUUUGGCUUAUCUACAUGAAGAAUCAAGACUGAAGAUUGUCCACAGAGACAUCAAGGCCACUAAUGUGUUGCUUGAUAAAAACCUUAAUCCUAAGAUAUCUGACUUUGGUCUUGCAAAGCUUGAUGAAGAAGAGAAUACCCACAUAAGCACUCGGAUUGUGGGAACUUAUGGGUAUAUGGCACCUGAAUACGCAAUGUGGGGUUACUUAACUGACAAGGUAGAUGUUUAUAGUUUCGGAGUUGUGGCCUUAGAAAUUGUCUUUGGGAGGAGUGCCACUGGUAGUUACAGGAGAAAGGAGGAUUCCAUUAAUCUUCUUGAGUUGGCGCUGGACUUAAAGGAGAAAGGGAAUUUGAUGGAGCUUGUGGAUCCGAGGUUGGAAUCAGAUUUCAACAAAGAACAAGUGAUGGUGAUGCUUAAUGUAGCUCUGCUAUGCACUAAUGCCACAGCAGCAAGCAGGCCUACAAUGUCUUCAGUGGUAAGCAUGCUUGAAGGCAAAGUUGAGGUUCAAAGUUUUUCAAUUGAUGGUAUAGAGCCCGAGAAGACAGAUAACCGGUUCCAAUACAGCCCUGAAAUGAGCACGAGUGACAGCCAUAGCCACAGUAUCUCAACUGAUGGGCCAUGGACUGACACCACAUCUGCCUCUGAUCUUUACCCACUCAAUUUGAGUUCUCAAUGGCAAAAGAGAGAUUGAAGUGUUUGUUACACAUCCUCUCAAUUGUUUUUGCAUAUGUAUAGACAUUGCUGUUGUAUGUCCAUUUGGUUAUGUUCUUUUGACUAUUUUUUUUCUCUUUACUUUCUUAGUGCGUGAAUCCAUAUGAAUGCAUGUCAGACUCUGUAAUGCAAGAGUCGGUUAUUUUAGAGUCUUUGUUUUUGGUCCGAUGAUCUAUUUAUUAGUAUAUGUUGUGUAGUUUUUUCUUUUUUUGGGUUGUUGUUGUUGUGUUGUAGGCUGUUUGCUUUUGUUUUAGUUGAGGCUUAUUUCGAAGAUGGUCUUGUGUUUGUGAUGAAUCUUGAUCUGUAUGGUCAUAUUAUCAAAAACUAUUGUAUCAUCUUUAUGGUUAUUGAAGUUCUUUUCUUAGCAAA